AUGGUGGGAAAUGGUGAGAUUGGAUCAGAAGACAAAAAGUUGAAGAAAAUCAGGGCAGUAUCUAAACCACAGAACAGAAAAGAGUUGAGAAAAUUUCUGGGACUUAUAGGUUACUAUAGAAAGUUUAUUGAGAAUUUUUCAGAAAUUGCUGCUCCACUAACAGAUAUGACCAAGAACAGUCGGAGCAAAGUGUUGCAAUGGACAGAGACUACGACAGCAGCGUUUGAGAAGUUAAAAGAAAAGAUGUCUAGUGCACCAGUUUUAAAACUGCCUAAACUAGGAGAACGAUUCACUAUUAGAACAGAUGCAUCAGGUAACGGAUUAGGUGCAGUGUUAAUGCAAGAGAGCGAAGAUGUUACAGAAGUAGUGUCUACUGAGAGAUGUAGAGAUGGCUUGCUUGUGUGGAGAUGUAUCCAGAGUUAUAGAGAUGGCUUGCCUGGAUGA